AAAACAAAAACGGUUUAACAGGAUUAACAAAAUGGCUAGCUCUUCAUUUUGUUUCCUAAAAUUGCCUAACAAAUCGCACGUUUCUCUCUCUUUCGAUCUCCCCCCCCUCUCUCUCUCUCUCUCUCUCUCUCUCUCGCUCUCGAUCUCUCUCUCUCUCUCAAGUCUGUCUGCACCAUUCCCCUUUCUAUUAUCUUUUCCUGUAAAACUUCCUCCUCCAAACCAUCAGGUCGGGCAGAUCCUGCCUUCCUCCAUCAUGGCUUCGCAGGAUAAAGGUCGACCGUUGCCGAAAUUCGGGGAAUGGGAUGUAAACAACCCAGCUUCAGCUGAAGGAUUUACUGUUAUAUUCAACAAGGCCAGAGAUGACAAGAAGACCAGUGCGGCUCAAGUGAAGAUCGUCACCCCACGAAAAAAUGACGGCAGCACACGAAGAAAUGGUGCUGGAUACAACACUGUCAAUGAGCAUUAUCCUAAGUAUCCUCCCCCAAAGAAUAAAUGGUUUUGCUGUGGUUAAACGAAUCAACAACUGCUCACGAGGGCGAGGUGAUGAUGCAAAAAUAUUAGGGUGGGACUGGGAGGAGUUACUACAAACGAAUUAAAGAAAUUUUUUUCUUGUGCCUGGGAAAUAUAUGUGGAACAGCAAAUCUCUCAUAUAUAUAAAAAAAGUUCUUUUUGUUC